AACAUCAGCGAGAAUGGUAGGAAGCAAUCAGAUGUGAUAAAAAGGUCUAGAGCAAAGGGAAAUGUGUUUGGAAAUGACGGUUCCUUGUGAUGGCUCAAAGGGCUCAUGAUAAUCUAACGGGAAAGAUAUCAUUUUCCAACCUCGCUGAAGUCGAUGUCAAGUCGUUUAUUGGCCAUGAAGACGAGAUCAACUGUUGUGCAUUUUCAUCUGACUUGAAGUUUAUGGUGACCGGAUCUGAUGAUUCUGUAGUGAAACUUUGGGAUGUUGCAGAGAAUAAAGUUCAACACACUUUGAAGGGCCAUUCAGGCCCAAUUAAAGGCUGCUGUUUUUCACCCGAUAAUUUAAAAGUUGCUUCAUGUGCCUUUGACCACAAGAUUGUCAUUUGGGAUGCACAAACUGGAACAGCAAUAACUACUUUAGAGGAUCAUAGCUCAAGCGUUGAAAGCGUUGAAUUUUCACCCUGUGGACAAUAUCUUGCAUCAGGAUCCUGGGAUAAAACUGGCAUUGUCUGGAAUUUAAAGACUCGGCUUCCAGAGGUUGUAAUUGUUGGUCACCAAAGUGUCGUGCAAUGUUGCACUUUUUCACUUGAUGGAGAGACUUUGGCAACAGGAUCUUGGGAUAAAACAGUGCAGACUUGGAACAUAAGAAAAGAUUCAAAUUUGGAAAACAGGGUGUUCAAAGGUCAUAAAAGUAAUAUUAAAGCCGUGGCAUUUUCAUGUCAAAAGAUCUUGGCUUCUGCAUCGUGGGACUGUACUGUUCGUUUAUGGGAUAUCUUCAAGUCAACAUGUUUACAUAUUCUUGAUGGUCACAAUGGAUGGGUCCAGUCGUGUGCAUUCAGCAAUGAUGGCCGUUUUCUAGUGUCAGCCGCUGAUGAUAAAAUCGUUCGGAUCUGGGAUGUAGAAAGUGGUCAAAGUGUCAAGGAGUUAGAAGCACACUGCGAGGAAAUAAACGCAUGUGUUUUCACAGAUAGUGGAAACAUCCUCACAUCUGGACCACAAUACUCAACGGUCUUUUUGUAUUAAAGACCUUUUCUAUGUCACGUG